UGGCCUCGCUCCUUAUAAACGCUGCCGGGAAUUUCCGUUUAAGCACAUUCGGCUGUCAAGUGUUGAACAAUGGUUAACAUGAGCCAUCAUCCAUUCUCACUAAAACAUCUACAUUCGAACCAGCGACAGUCGAGACGGCGAACAAAUAAAAGGAAAAGGAUUUGUAGGGGAAAAAUAUCUCAAACCGAUUUGCAGACUUGAUUAAGGGAGUCCUUCUAAAGGUCCCAUUUGAAGCGUGUGACCGAGUGUGGAGUGCGUUGCGAGUUGACUGGCAAGAUGACUGCCGAGUGGCUGCAUCUGCCCCCGCCGUACCCCCCCGGUGUGGGGCCGCUGUGUGGCGCAGAGUUGGAGGCGUGGUAUGAGGACCUGCAAGACAUCCUGGGCUCGGACGCGGGAGGGGCAAAGCUGGCGCGCGCCCCCUCGUACAGCGAGAAGGAGCCGGAGUUCCUGGAUGUUCUGGAGAGUUGCUCCCUGACGUGGCUGACGGACGGAGGUCAGACUUGGGGAGAGGGUGUCCAGAGGGCGACUGAGCAGAUCCACAACGCCCAGCCUCUGCAUCACACUUCAUCUUCCUCCUCGUCCUGCUUGACUCCGACAGAAGAGCGGAAAACAGAGGCGAGAAGCGGCGACGGUGACCUGCUGCCCCCCGAGUUCUUUGAGUUCCUGAGUGAAGGAGGAAUGCUGGAUUCGAGCGGUGGUUAUUACCACCAUCAUCACCACCACCAUCCCCAUCACCACCAGCAGCAGCAGCAGCAGCAGCAGCAGCAGGUUAACAGCGUCCAUCCAGCAUCUCCAUCAGCCAGCGAGGAAGAGUUGCCCUGCGUCCCUGAUUCGCCAUCCUACUCCUCGUCCUCCGCCUCGCAGUCGCCUUCUCAGCACUGCUCUUCCCCGUCGUCACCCGUCUCAUCCCCAUCCAUCUACUCGCCUUCGCGCCUGGGCAAGCGGCAGAGGGGCGAGGGGCCUGACGGCGCCGCCUCGUCCCCCAGCGCCUCUUCCCAGUCUCAGCAACGCCCGUCAACGUCGUACUUGUCUGCCAAAAAGAGUCGCAAGGAGAGGGAGCAAGAGAACGAAAGGAAAGUGCAGGAGCUGACGGAGCAGAACGAGCGCUUGAAAACGGAGAUCGAAAGGCUGGGCGAGGAGGUGCAGCGCACACGGCGAGCCCUCAUCGAGAGACUUGUCAACACCAGGAAAUGAUCUUGUAGACAGAAGUGAAGAAGAAAAGGUCUGGGUGUGCAUGCUCUUUAGGCCAGAAGGUAUGAAAACCAAAGAGAUUUUUAAGAUGUUUGGAAAAGAUGAUGAAAGUCAAGGCAGAGUGAAAGAAAAAGAUGCGACAUGACUGCGGCAAACUGGAAAGACAAAGAAUGUGAAACGCAAAAGAACAGCAAGCUCUUAAUUGCAUAUCAGAGAUCGCAAGGUAUGUAACAACCUUUAGGAAGAGUUUGAUUUGUAUGUUGGAUAGAAAGGAAUUCAGUUGAGGGUAUUCCGUUGUUGUCCCUUCCUGCCAUUUUGCAAUAAAUUGUAACUCAUUAAAAGGGCUGCAAUAUGGCUAGCAGAGAUUAUUUGCCCCCAUUUGUAGAGAUAGAGGAGCUCAGGAAUGUUUUGAAUAUGUCCCCUCGCUUUAAGAAUCGAACCAUUUAUUUUCAUUUUUUUGCUUUUUCUAUAAGCAGUCGCUUGUCUGUAUGUGUAUUUAAAAUACAGAAAGUUGCAAACUUGCGCCCAGCUAAACUUUCUACAGGUGACUUAUUUGUGGUAUUUCCACAUGCUAUUUUCAUAUUGCGCUAAAAACGUUUACUGUACAAAUGUGUACAGUUCCUUUCUACUUUCUUAUUCAGAAUGUCACCUAAAUUGUUUAUUCUACAUGGAUAAUGCAUGUUUUUUUUUCCGUACGUUAGUAUUUCUAAUGCAUCACUGUAAUCCCAAAUUUGCAAUAAAAGAAAAUUCAUUUUCUUAA